AUGUCUUCUUACUAUCAUCAUUCAGAAAGACGAGAACAACGUUAUGUUCAAAAUCCUGACCCACAAUCAACAUCACCACGAAAAGAAGCAACAGCUACAGUAUCAUCGCAGCCAACACUUGGGAAGUUACCUAAAUCUAAUCGACAAAACAUGGAAUUUGAAAACCCUCUUAUUUACAAGAGUGGAGACGAAGACAUAGAGCUGGCUACAAAACGAACGACUGCAUAUGAUGCAUCAUUAGAAUGCAUAUCUGUAGCAGGAGAUACAAAUAAUAUUAUACCAUAUGAUCCUUCACAACCACGAUCGUAA